CCUCUCUCUCUAAAAUACUUGAAGUUUCAGUUAGAGAGAGAGAGAGAGAGAGAGAAAGUGUUUGAUCAAAUGGUGAAGUUUUCAAGGCAGCUUGAUGCUCAGCUGAUUCCAGAGUGGAAGGACGCAUUCGUGAAUUACAGGCAGCUUAAGAAGAAUGUUAAGAAAAUAAAGCUCUUGUUUCUUACUUCGUCUCCUCCUUCCUCAGAUGGAUCGCACUGGGUCGGGUUCUCCUUACUAGACCCGCUCCGGAACUUCCUUAGUCGCGGCAGUCGAGGCGAAUCAAAUGAGGGUGACGAGGAAAACUUGUACGAGAUGGAUCUAAUUCAAUCAAGAGAAGCUGAGGUGAAGGAAUUUUUCGAGAAACUGGAUGAUGAACUCGGAAAAGUGAACGACUUCUAUACUACAAAAGAGACGGAGUUUUGUGAGCGGGCUGAGAUUUUAGAUAAGCAACUUCAGAUCCUUGUGGACUUGAAGAAGAUUCUAGAUGAGCAUCGACGGCGACAGCGACGGCGACAACGAUCACUAACCGACGAUUCUCGGAGUAGUAGCGACGCCUUUGGUCGCCUUAGUAACUCAUCAUCAUUUUCCGAGAACAGCUGUUACGAUGCCUCAACGGAUGGAUCGAACUCUCCUAUUACAGAGGAGAUAAUAGCAGCAUUAGAACGGAACGGAGUGAGCUUCGUCGGCUCAGCACGCACGAAAGCGAAGAAAGGGCUGAAGCCGAAGACAACCACGAUGAGGAUCGACAUCCCGGCGACCAACGCAACAAAAACGAUAUCGGCCGUGACGUCGAUGAUUUGGGAGGAUAUCGUCAACAGUCAACGGAAGGAGGGGGCCGCCGGUGGCGGCGGAGGAGACUAUAUUAGCCGGAAGAAGAUACAAUGUGCCGAGAAAAUGAUACGGUCGGCGUUUCUUGAGCUCUACAAAGGGUUGAAUCUCCUGAAGACUUACAGCACACUCAAUAUGAUGGCCUUCACGAAGAUAAUGAAAAAGUUUCACAAGGUAUCGAACCAACGGGACUCUGGAUCCUACAUAAAGAAGGUGAAGAGAUCACACUUCAUCAGUUCUGACAAGGUGGUAAGACUCGCCGACGAGAUGGAAUGCACCUUCACAAAGCACUUUGCAAGCAAUGACAGGAAAAAGGCAAUGAAGUUUCUAAGGCCCCAGCAACCCAAGGAUUCUCACAUGAUCACAUUUUUUGUAGGUCUGUUCACGGGUAGCUUUAUAGCUCUGUUUAGUGUAUAUGCAGUCUUGGCGCAUUUGUGUGGCAUCUUUUCUACCUCAAAACAAAUUGGUUACAUGGAAACUGUUUACCCUGUUUUCAGCAUGUUUGCUCUUCUAAGCCUUCACAUAUUCUUAUAUGGAUGCAACCUGUUCAUGUGGAAGAAUACCAGAAUCAACCACAACUUCAUAUUUGAGUUCUCGCCAAGCACAGCUUUAAAGCACAGGGAUGCUUUUCUCAUAUGUACCGCUUUCAUGACUACUGUUGUCGGAGCCAUGGUUGUUCAACUCGUUCUUAAAUCUGCAGGGUUUUCUGCAGGUCAUGUUGAUGCCCUUCCAGGCAUUCUCUUGCUGCUAUUCAUAGCAAUCCUCAUAUGCCCAUUCAAUGUCCUCUACCGCCCUACCCGCUACUGUUUCCUACGAGUGUUGCGUAACAUCAUAUUCUCUCCAUUCUACAAAGUGUUGAUGGUAGAUUUCUUCAUGGCAGAUCAGCUUACAAGUCAGAUACCUUUAUUGCGACAUAUGGAGUUUACAUCAUGCUAUUUUGUAGCUAGUUUGUUGAAGUCAGAUCCAUAUGAAACUUGCACACGUAGUCAGCAGUACAAGCUCUUGGCCUAUAUAAUCUCCUUUCUUCCCUAUUACUGGCGUGCAAUGCAGUGUAUCAGAAGAUACAUAGAGGAGGGAUAUGAUGCCAAUCACCUGGCGAAUGGUGGGAAGUAUGUGUCUGCCAUGCUGGCAGCUGCAGCCAGAUGGAAGUACGCUGUGGAUCCUUCACCAUUUUGGUUAGCAACUGUCAUCUUUAUAUCCACUAUGGCAACCUUGUACCAAUUGUACUGGGAUUUUGUCAAGGACUGGGGGCUCUUCAACCUGAACUCCAAAAAUCAAUGGCUUAGAGAUGAGCUCAUUCUAAAGAAUAAAAACAUUUACUAUGCAUCUAUUGUUCUCAAUUUUGUUCUUCGCCUUGGAUGGAUAGAAACCAUUUCCCGCCUAAGCCUAGGUCCCCUUGAGGGUCAGUUGGUAGACUUCCUGCUUGCCUCAUUGGAGAUAAUUCGACGGGGGCACUGGAACUUUUACAGGUUGGAGAAUGAGCACCUGAAUAAUGUCGGCAAGUUCAGGGCAGUGAAGACAGUACCACUGCCAUUCCGAGACAUGGAAUCAGAUGGAUGAGGAGGAAAUUACCCUCUCAGCAAUGUACAUAAUAUAAGGGGUUUCUGAG